AUGAGUGUUCUACUCAAGCGGACUUCGUACGACGCUUUCGGUGCCACUGGGGCUCGUGCCCCGAAGCGACAAAAGCUGGACCACUAUUGGGAUGCACCUGUUCCAACACCUGAGUUCAAAGGACAGAGAACGUCCGAAAUAAUACCUCUCCACGCCCUCGUCCUAACCCACGAGUUCUUCCGACGGCUACCCAAGCUGCCCCCCAAGGGGAGGUCCAGGUUCGCAACAGAGUUCCACAAACACCUCGACCUCAACGCGACCGGGCACGCGGCCGAGCAGCCCGAGCGCGGCGCCGGCGCGCAAGGCACCCCCGCCCCCCGCACGCUCUCCCGCCUCCGCCCGCCCGCGACCGUCCUCCCCAAGCGGUGGUACCUCGUGCACUGCACGGGCGACCCCGCCGCGCCGCCGCUCUACUUCCUGCCCGAGCUCCGCCUCGGCUCGCACGCCUUCUACCGCGUCCUCCGCGAGACCCCGACGGGCGCCCUGCGCGGGCCGGCGCCGGCGCUCGACAGCAUGCACGUCGUCGUCUGCCCCGGGAACGGGCCCGAGAUCCACGAAGACGACGUAGAAAGGGAAGACGAGGAGGGGCGCGCGUGCCGCUGCGCGGAGCUCGGGCCGCGCGGAGGGCGCGGGUUCCUUCCUGGCCUGACCACGCCGCACGCGCUCCAUUGUCCGGCGGGGGAGCGGUGGUGGGAGGGCCGCUUCGAGCCUGGCCCGUUUAUGAAGGCGUUGUGGAAGGUGCACGCCUACCAUGCGCUGAGGCUUCCGAAGACGCGGAAGGAGAGGAGGGAGAAGAACCUGCCGAGCAGGACGGGAGGCGGCCUCGACUCGCGGCUCAAGGCGGCGGUACGGGACCCGAAGAGGAGAACGAGUUGGGAGGAACCGGUGCGGAUGGCUGCGUUCGGGAGUAUCGAGGCGUUGGAAGAGGCAAGGAUCUGGCGAGUGGUGCGGCGCCGCGCGUUGGACUGCUCCCAGACCACGCAGAGACUUGUACGAUGA